CUUCAUCUUCUUUCUCUUUUCCUUUCCUUUCCUUUCUUUUUAUUGGGGCUAUGGUAUUCUCUUUAGUCUGAUUUUCUCCCACCACAUAUUUCCAAAAAAACUUAUCAACCUUUUUAUAUAAAAGAGAUAAAGAUCAAAGAGAUCAAAGAAAGAAAAUAUCAUGGUUUUCUCAUCUUUUCCUGUGUAUCUAGAUCAUCCCAAUUUGCAUCAGUUACAACAGCCAGACGGCCAUCAACAAGGAAAUACUGGGCUGGAGAAUCCAACUCUGCAGCCCCCACCUAUGCAGGUGGGGGCUAGUCCGGGCUCAAUCAGACCAGGUUCUAUGGUGGAUCGAGCCCGGUUAGCUAAGAUUCCACUACCGGAAGCUGGAUUAAAGUGUCCAAGGUGUGAUUCAACAAACACAAAGUUCUGCUACUUCAACAACUACAACCUUUCCCAACCAAGACACUUCUGCAAGACCUGUCGCCGGUACUGGACUAGAGGGGGCGCCUUGAGAAGCGUGCCGGUAGGAGGAGGAUGCCGGAGGAACAAGAGAAGCAAAAGUAGUAACAACAACAGCUCAAAGACAGCUGGCAGUAAUGUCAAUACUAAUAUUAUUGCUUCGGGUACUUCAACAAGUGCAAGUCCUUCAAGCUGCAGCACGGAAAUAAUGAAUGGUCGCCAUCACUUCCCUCAUGAGCAACCACCGCAGUUAACUCCUCUCAUGGCUGCUUUCCAAAACCUUAAUCAUCACUAUGGCGGAUUUCAACCUCCUCCUUUGGUUUCAACACACCAUGGGAAUGGAACCGGUCAUCAUCAUGAAAUGGGAUUUCAAAUAGGGAGUAAUACAAAUAAUUUACCUGUACCCUCAGGAGGAGGAUCUGAUCAUCAGUGGAGAUUACCAUCUUUGGCAGCAAACACAAAUUUGUACCCUUUUCAACAUGGUACUGAUCAAGGAAUUCAUGAAUCAUCAUCUGUUAACAAUAAUAAUAAUAUUAAUGCUCAUGAUGACCAAGGGUUAAAUUCGACCAAACAGUUUUUGGGAACAAUGGAAAAUAAUAGUAAUCAAUAUUGGGGUGGAAACGCAUGGACAGGGUUUUCUGGAUUAAACUCAUCUUCUUCAGCAAGCCAUCUACUUUGAUUUCAAUCAUGUAAGUCAAUUUGUGUACUUGACUCUCAACGAUUAAAAUGUUGUAUGUGUUGGGAGGGGGGUCUAAAUUAGAUAUAUAGUAUACUGGGGGCAUAUUUAAGUCUUUGUUAUUCCUUGGUCAUUAUCACCACUUGUAAUUUUACUGGAUGUUUUUUUUCUUUAUAACUUAGGUGUGUGAAGUUGUAUUGUGAGUUUUAAUUUGGGUUCUGACAUUAUAAU